GUCAGUCAAACUGCUGCUGGUCUGAUUCCAUCCAGCUGCAGAAUGGAGGGAACAUGUGUCCAGAUGCUGCUGGCUCUGAUCUCACUGCUGUGCUGCACAACAAACGGAGCUCGUCUGACCAUCAGUCCCAGCAGAUCUCAGCUGUUUGAAGGAGACUUUGUGUCUCUGAUCUGUGAGGAGGACGACAGCUCUGCUGGAUGGACGGUGAGGAGAAACACCACCAGACAACUGUCUGAGUGUGGAGAUAGAUGGAGGAAAGCAGCUGGUUCAUCCUGUAACAUCAGUGUUGUCUUCACAAGGGACUCUGGAGUUUACUGGUGUGAGUCCAGAGAGGGAGCAACCAGUAACAGCAUCAACCUCACUGUCACUGGUGGAUCAGUGAUCCUGCAGAGUCCUGUCCUCCCUGUGAUGGAGGGAGAUGACCUCACUCUGAGCUGUCAAUCAAAGCCUCCCUCCAACCUCCCAGCUGCUUUCUAUAAAGAUGGCUCCCUCAUCAGGACUGAGUCUACAGGUCACAUGACCCUCCACCAUGUUACCAGGUCUGAUGAAGGUCUCUACAGGUGUAGCAUCAGCAGUCAUGGAGAGUCUCCACCCAGCUGGAUCUCUGUCACAGAGACACAGGAAGUGACCUACCCGUCUCCAUGGUGAUGUCUCCACCCACCCAGACUGAUCAGAGAUUGGAUGAUGACUAUGAU